AUGCCUACCGGUUUGCUCGAAGUAAUUAUUGUCGAAGGACGUCGCCUGAAAGAUAAAGAUGCGAUUGGGCAAAGCGAUCCGUUUGUGGAACUUUAUUUAGAUAAGAAGUAUAAACAACGCACAGCAACGAUAUCGAAUACAAACGAUCCAGUUUGGAACGAACGAUUUACAUUCAAUAUUCACUCGGGUGAUGACACGAUUCAUUUUGAUGUUUACGAUUCGGAUGUAGGUGGUAAAGAUUCGAUUGGAAAUGGCAAAGUGAAGCUCAAGCAUGUCUUUGACGAUGGUAAAUUUGAUGAAUGGGUCAAGUUACCUGCACAUUUAGGUCUCUCAGUGCACGGCGAGAUUCACGUGAUUAUGCAUUUCACACCAUCAUAA